GUUUUUCUUCCUUGAUCUUUUUUUUAUUUUUAUGUUUACCACCUCCCGAUCAGAACAAGAAGCUUGGAAUGCCUGUGUCAAAACUAUUUUAGGCUUAUUAGGUACACACUAGUUCGUUUUUACACGUAGAGAAGACAACCUCGAAACUAAUCCAACAUAAAGAGGACAGUCUUUUCAACGGCGCUGUUCCCAGUACAAAGAUCAACUUUCAGAAAAAAGAUUGGCUUAACUUCAGUAAUGCAAGCACAGGUAAUGCAAGAAAUAAGACUCCAGUAAUGUGACAAUGAAAAGAAAGCGUAGUUUUUCGGACUCGAUUCAAGAUCGUAAACAACAGAAACUGUCAAGUAAUUUAGCUAAUGACAUUGCGCGUAGUUUGUCCAUGUCUAUGGACGAUGAUGUAGACAUGGCCAGUCAGCCAGCGAUUAAUGUUUAUAGUAAACCAUUGAAUGAGGAGAAUCCGGUGCCUACCUUGAGACGCAUAUCCAUGAGCGGAAGUUCGAAUUCUUCCACCAGACCAUUGACACAGUGGUUAGAGAAACAAGCUCAAAUCCACGGGGUAUCCUUGACGGAUUAUAAAAACCUGUUUGAUGAAAAGCAAAAGUUAUUACGACAACAAUUGGAAUUAUUACAGAAACCGGAUCAACCUUUUGAAUCCAUACGUGAACACUUGUCAAAAGUCUUGAGAUUAGCUGAUGACUUGAGUGGGGAUCAUACCGUAUCAUUUAAUGAAAUAUUUCCAGAAUGGACAUUAUAUGAAAAUAGAAUUAAAAAAUUAGCCAUCUAUGUACAGUCUAUCGAAGAUAUGAGCUUUUCGAUUAAUAACGUUAUACCCCAAACAAAUGAUUUAUUGCAAGAUAUUAAAGGAUUACAACACACACUGGAUCAGAAAAUAGCACUGUAUGGCGAUGCACUGAUUCAAAACGGGUUAGAAUGGAAAGCGAUGGGAAUGCCAGUAGAUGAUCAAUUAUUGAAUGCCACUAAAGAAUGGUUACAUAAUCUCUGUAUUGGGCUACUCAGCGCUCUAGAUAAAGAGUGCAAGAAAGCACAAGAUCUAGUUCAUGACAUGCAAAAUUUGAUUCGUCUGCCAAUCGGAGAAAAGUUGAUGGCCUCUAUUUUGGCAGGCUUGGAAUUUAUCUCCGAAACCUCUACCUUUAUUGGAUUCACAUCUCAAAAACUCGUGCUAGAAUGUCGAUUAAUGGCAACAAUUUAUGGACAAUGGGUGUCUGAGAAUUUAGAACAUAUCAAUGAUAAAUCAACCGAGAAAAAGAAUACACACAACGGAACAAAGAGGAUUGAUAUCCGAUUUAUGCAGCUGAUGGAUAAUAUCACACGUAUCUUGUCCUGCUUAUAUACAUCGAGUGAAUUGGAAAUGAAGCAUCGGGAAAUGUCGCAUGCGUCAAGGAUAUCUGUAGAAAAUUUAUCAUCCGUCUUGGUCGAGUUGACAGUGCGUGCAGUUGGCAUCAUUGAGAUGGAAAGAAAGAAUUCAGCUAGCUAUAAAAUUGCGGGAAAUAUCAUGUCAAAUCCUCAGACUGCCUUCAUCUAUAUGGGUGAAUCGUUAUUAACUUUUGCUAACAAACUUGUGGAAUUGGCUGGUAGAGAAUGGGCAGAUGGUGGUAGAAUUCAGGCUUUACAUUCUUACCUUGACGAUUUGGAAAAGUCUCUGGAAUCAUCAUGAUGGAUUAUCACCACCACAAAAAUGAGAGAACGGAGUCCGAAGCAUUCAACUUUUCUCCAAAUGCAGAUAGUGGUCAUCUGGUGCGGGGAGAGAUGUAUAUAAUUAUCUGGACCUUUUUUUGCUUAUGAUAAUAUAUCUAGUCUUAUAAAUAUAUCCAUCCUACUCAAUCAUUUGAGUGUGUACAAUAUAAAAUUUGUCUUGGCUGUAGUAUAAUUAAAAAAAAGAGAGAGUUAAUGCGUCAUGCUGGGAACACCAAUCCUUCUCUUGGUAUAAGCCAAAAUGGGGAAACGGCCAAUGAAUAAUUAAAUUCACCCCUCUC